AUGCUAGGGAUUCCACUGAUAAACGACUAUAUUCGUAAGGUUGUCAAGCCGCAGGUAGUUGCAGAUUCAGUAGACUAUUUAAAUUACUACUCCACUUCAUUAUUGUUGGCAUUUUUUGCAUUAGCAAUUUCUGCAAAACAGUACUUUGGAUCUCCGAUACAAUGCUUUCUGCCAAACGAAUUCAAAGGUAGUUGGGAGAGGUACGCUGAAGAUUAUUGCUUUAUUCAAAAUUCGUACUAUAUUCCUUUGGAAGAAGAUAUUCCUAAUGACCUAUCUUACCGACAAGACCAUAUUAGCUAUUAUCGGUGGGUGCCUAUUGUGCUAGCGCUACAAGCUUUAAUGUUUUUUUUCCCCAAUUAUAUUUGGAAUAUGCUCUACAAACAGACAGCUGUACAGCCAAGAGCACUAAUAAAGGAUGCUCUGAAAUGUUCUCAUCUGAACGCUGCAAGAAGAGAAACGGAAAUUCGUAACUUGGCUGAAUACAUAGCUGAUACUGUCGCAGUUUUUGUUCCUAAAACACGGUUUCGGAAGGAAGUCGCUCGUUCUGGCAGAAACGCUGCUUUUCUGUAUUUAAUGACAAAAUUCUUUUAUGUCGUUAACAUAAUUGGUCAACUAUAUUUGAUGAAUCAUUUCCUUGGUGGCGGAUAUCUGCACUGGGGAUAUGAGAUUCGAAGUUUGGCUAAUCAGCGAAAUUAUACUGUGCAAUGUGUUAUUAUGAUGAAUAUGAUCAAUGAGAAGUUAUACUUGUUCCUUUGGUUCUGGUUUAUUUUCGUUGGAUUUUGCACCCUGAUUAAUUUUUUAUAUUACUUGACUGUUAUGUGCAUUCCUUGUGGUCGUGCGCGCAUGGUGCUGUGGAAUGUCAGCAGAGAUGAGCUGAAGUCAAAUGGUUUGUCCGAAAGCGCGGCCCGGUCUUUUGUGCAAGAAUUUUUGCGCCCUGAUGGCGUGUUGGUUCUGAAAUUUAUCCAAGAACAUGUGAGUGGAAGAAUCUCCAGAGAGCUUGUGAUGGAGCUCAUUAAAAUUUAUGUUAGGCAGCUCUCUGUCGACCUUUCUUUUCAGAAUUCCACUGGUGACAAUGACAGUGACACUAAGCAUACACCAAGUUUAUGUUCCAACGAGAAGGUCCCACUCUCCGAUGAAAAGCCAUAUUUUGGGACCUACGGAAAGAACGGAGAAAGAGGCUUAUUUCACCCGCAUGGCGGGCGUAUGUACCCAGUGCCAAUGCAGCUUCGAUCACCAGCCGCACCUUACGAAUCUGCGCCAGUGCUUGAGGAUUACAUCGAUGAUGCUGGUACGCUUCCUAUCAGUGAAAUAGCCCGAGCUCGAGCAAACCGCAACAGUCCGCCUAAAGAAAAUGAGUACGGCGGUCCUGUGCAACGUCAGAUCACCCCCACGCAAGUGUGA